AUGUCACCGAGCGAAACUCGGCACCACCUGAUCGAAACUCAUGCCGUCGCCGGUAUCGCCGAUAUUGUUCGAUUUAAUAGCAUGGGACUGACGACUGUGCUACUGCUGAAGUGCUGGUGCCGCGAACGCGUGCGCGAUAGACUGGCACCGGCAGUUAGUGGAAACGGCAUCAGAUCCGCAGCUGACGGACAGCAGUUGAUCGGCAGGCGAUAG